AUGAUAUUAAGCACACUCUUCCCCACUUCUGUGCUAUGUCUCUUAUUCUCUGCUUACAUUAUGACAGGAUACAGGGAUGAUAUUAAGCACACUCUUCCCUCUUCUAUGCUAUGUCUCUUUUUCUCUGCUUACAUUAUGACAGGAUACAGGGAUGAUAUUAAGCACACUCUUCCCUCUUCUAUGCUAUGUCUCUUUUCCUCUGCUUACAUUAUGACAGGAUACAGGGAUGAUAUUAAGCACACUCUUCCCUCUUCUAUGCUAUGUCUCUUUUCCUCUGCUUACAUUAUGACAGGAUACAGGGAUGAUAUUAAUCCCACACUUCCCUCUUCUAUGCUAUGUCUCUUUUUCUCUGCUUACAUUAUGACAGGAUACAGGGAUGAUAUUAAGCACACUCUUCCCCUCUUCUAUGCUAUGUCUCUUUUUCUCUGCUUACAUUAUCACAGGAUACAGGGAUGA